UCUAAGGCGAAGAAGAAAUCCGUCGAACCUAGAAUCGACCUUGCGUCCGGCCAGCGUGCUGCUUUCCCAGGCAUCGGCGAGACUCCGUAUUCGAGCGAUGACGAGUUUGAAUGGGAGGACGAUGGCGAUGCUCUUGCCUACCUCAGCUCUGUCCAACAUCAAGCCAACACUAUUCCGACUGUCAUUUCAGCCCCAAGAGUUGGGCCCCAGCUGCCGUCGCACCUCCAACCUUCCGGCACAGACGACGAUGGUAGCGUAGAUAGAAACAUCUAUGACAAUGGCGUAGGAGACUUCAGGGGUUUCUUCCAUGAUGGCGCAUUCAUAGCAGCUCCGGACCCCCAUCCAUCAUCCGACGAGGAAGGCGAGUGUGCCGAGGACGGCCACGCGACUAGGGAUCGAGCUGAGAUCAACAAACAGCUGCGCGAGGCAUAUUACGCGUCCUUGAUGAAACAAUUCAAGUCCCUCCGGGCCCAGUUACACCGGAAACCACCGCACAAUUUCGUAAAAGCUCUGCCUAGAGAAAACGGGACAUUCGUUGGCCCUUUUGGGAGCGGGAGCCCGACCGCCGCUAUCUGGACCCGCCGCAUCCUUAAUACCGAUCCACGGCCUGUCCAGGUUGCCGCUAUGAGCCCGCUCGGCGUAAUGAGGCUGUUGCGGGUGAUUAUGAAGGGCAAGCUCAUCCGCCACGGCUACGAGCUCCCAGAGCGAACGAGUCGGUGGGUGUGGGCCCUCCUUGCUAGGCUUCCAGACGGAGGCGAGAUGGGCUACGACGAGAUUGGCUGGAUUCGCGACCUAGCCCGUAUUGCGGUCCAGGUGCUGGUUAACGACCAGCAGCUGGCUGCGCUGAGGGACGAACUUGAGGAGGAUGGUGAGAAUUUUCCAGACGAAGUUAAACAUGAGGAGCAGGAGGUCGUCCCCGAAAAUACGAAGGCAGACGUGGUGGACGAUUCAUCUCACUUGGAACUCAGUGCAUUGAACAGCACGGCAGCAUCAACCGGCCCUAUGCCCGCUGAGGCUGCAGAUGGCCUAGUUAGCGUUCAUCAAAACGACCCCAACCACGACAGCGGCGGAGAGAUGGAUAUGGAUAUUGACGAUGGGGAGGUGCUUGACGAACCCACCGCCGUAACUGCUUCCCAUAACGUUGACGGCGAUCUUGCAGCGGCAAAAACCAGACUUCUCGAUCAACUCGAGAAUCUUGGAAAUUUCUAUACCGCCAAAGCUCCGGAACCCACACUAGAAAACGGCUCACUAAAUGCGGAAGGCAAGAGAUUGACGUCUAACCAUAAUCACGACGACGACGACAGCGAGCAGCAGCGGGAAAAAGAGAGAUCCCAGAUCAACAUGAGGGCCACCAUGAACAUGAUCAUCACUAUCGCUGGUGAGUUUUACGGGCAACGAGACCUCCUGGACUUUCGUGAUCCCUUCCCUGCU